UGGCGCCUUUUGCAGACCGCUCAUUAGCCCCUGCAGAGAAAAUGUGCAUACAUUACUUAUUGUGGCAAUAGCCUAGCGGUUGUUGGCACAGUUCGCUGCUGUAGCGAGUAACCUUGUAGCGGAAGCCGCACGUUUAAUGUGACGAGUGCUUGUGCAUUGAGAGCAAAGAGAAAUUAAACUGCACAUAGCGAUCAGCGACAUGCUUGCCGAAGUCAUGUUUUAAUGUAGGAGACGACGUUGGCAUCAGACAAUGUCCGAGCUCGACAGCUUCAGGUCGCAGUGGUUGCGAGAACUGAAAGUAGAUGCGGCUAAGCCGGUUGGACCCGUCGAUGAUGCUCGCCCCGAAGAUCGCCUUGUUGUCGGAUUUGCUUGUGACGCACAGGGUCUCAAGCGGGCCGUCAAGCGGCGAUUCGUCAAGCUCGAGCCUAACACGCUGUGCCAGGAGCAGCCUAGAGCCUUUGACAUUGCGGACCGCUUGCUGCAGGGCGAAAUCCUAACUAACGAUGAUUUGUUCGGGAAGCGCGAAGAAAAGAAGCGCCACUUAGGCUGCCGUACUAAGCCACUGGAGUGUCCAGAAGUCGCACCUGCACAGGAUUCGUCUUUGGUGGACACCCUGAUCAAUGAUCUGGAUGAAAUUAAUGAAAUUCCAUUCUUUGAUAGCUACAUUCCUUCUGAAGUGGCUGUCAACAUCUUUAAGCACCUCGACGUUGUUGAUCUCUGCAGAUGCGCUCAGGUGAGCCGAGACUGGAGAAGUGUGGCAGAGAGCAGGCUGCUGUGGCAUCAACAGUGCCGUCGUAUGGGAUUUACAGAUGUGGCCGUGGCUGCCAGAAGCACCAACUGGAAGCACCACUUCAGGGAGCAGGUGCAGAGGGAGUCUCUGCUCAGGCACAACUGGAAGAAUCGCAUUGGACGACUUUACGAGCUGGAGUAUUCGAGAGCUGGUGUGCUGUCAGCGGUGGACUCAUCGGAAGACUUCGUCCUUGCAGGGUAUUCGAGUGGUGAGGUACGCCUUUGGCAGCGAACCAGCUCAGGCGUGCAGCUGAGGAGUGUGGUCUUGGAUGGCUCAAUACGCCCAAACAACUUAAACUAUGUCAGCUCGGUAGCCCUGGCCAAAAGCCGUUUUGUAGUCUCCUAUGCAGAAGGUGAGGUUUGUGUUGGUGGUCUGGGCGACAGCUCGUCAACUGCUUGCAACCAGGCAGUUGCCCUCCCUGGACCAGCCAAGGUCACAGCCUCCAAGCAGGAUAACCACUUUGCUGCCUUCGGAGGCACCAACGUGGCCCUCGUGGAUCCAUCUGGCCAAACACAGUCGGUCCAGCUUCCUACCAAGGUCUCAUACGUGGCGCUGCUCCCAAUCACGCACGGCCGACAGCAACCACCCCUGGUGUCGGCUGCUGAAGACGCCAUGCGACUGCAUGCCGGAGAACGCUUUGAGGCAGACGGCCUCACCCUGCAUCACCUGAUCGGCGCCACCGUCACCUGCUUAGAUGCCUCGGAUGCCGUCAUUGCCCUUGGGCUCACCGACAGGUCUGCUGUCAACGUAUUUCGGGUUCCCCUGUAUGUGGGAGAGAAUGGACGACUGCUUGGUACCCUGACCAGCCACACAAGUUCCAUACUGUGCAUCAACGUCUCCCACUGUCCCGACAACCUGGUGCUGACUGGGAGCUGUGAUAAGAAUGCACGCAUUUUUGACCUGCGCACACUACAGUGCGAGGUGCGCAUCAGUGCACACGGACUGGGUGUCACUCAAGUGCAGAUGGACGAACACAAUCUGGUGACUGGUGGUCAAGACGGCCUCGUCUGUGUGUGGGACCUACGCACCAAGGCAAAGCUCUGGGAGAUGUUCUGCAGGCACCCUGUGAAACAUUUGCGAGCCAACCACACCACCCUCGUCACUGCACACGUGCCUCACAACCUUUUUCCAGAACCAGAGGAUGGCAACAUUGUGGUUCACACGAGGCAGAGGGGGUCCAUCCGAAUGUACGACUUCUCGGCCAACCAGCAGACUUCAGGAAUUCCAUCCAUUUGUCUGUCUUCAUAUGAUGAACCGGCUGGUUAUAACUACAAUGUUCGCUUGGCUGUACCUUAUGAUGAAAUCAUGGAUGUCAUCUGAGAGUGCUGUUGCACAGUCACUGUAAUGUAAAUAAAAACACAUACA